AUGACUUGGGGACAAAUGAAAAAGACGAUGAUGGAUAGGUACUGCUCGCAAACGGAGGUGAACAAGCUAGAAUCCAAACUCCUGAGAUUAAAGCAGGGAUCGUUGUCAGUUCAAGAAUAUGUUAACGAGUUUCUUGAAAAAGCGAGGUUCGCCAGUUACCAGGUGGCUACCGAGGAGAGAAAGAUAGGUCAUUUCAAGGAUGGCCUAAGUAUCGAAAUCAAACGUUACGUGGACAUGACCAAGCCGACCACGUUUGUCCAAGCAGUAGAAAUGGCAAAAGUAGCAGAAGAGAACAACGCUAGGGAGAACCAUGAUAGAAGGGAUGCAAAKAGAAGAUGGGAAGGAUCGAACAAGUCCGACAAGAAGCCAAAAUGGACUCCGACUUUGGCAAAAACACGAAGCGAGRGAUUCUCUAUUCCUCAAUGUAACAAAUGCAACAAGAGGCAUAAGGGAGAGUGCAGAGCAGGGAGCCUGACGUGCUAUAAAUGUGACAAACCGGGGCACACCGCACGAGAGUGCCCGAAAGGAAGGACUUGUUACGAAUGUGGGGCUACGGGACAUCUGCGUCCUGACUGUCCAAAACAUCGCAAUGGUGUGACACCUCACGGGAAGACAGUGAACAACGGAUUCGGGAAGAGAGCGGAAAAUAGGAAGGAACUGCCUAAAGGACACGGCCGAGCUUACAACAUGACUUUGGAAGAGGCAAAGAAAACACCCGACGUCGUAUCUGGUAUGUUCCCUAUCAACAAUGUGUAUGCACAUGUGUUAUUUGAUUCGGGUGCAAAUGGUAGUUUUGUGUCUACCACUUUCUGCCACUAUCUGAAUAGCAGUGCUCGUAGGCUAGACAAAACCUACACUGUAGAAACAACCGACGGUAGUCAGCGUAAGGUAGAAGAAAUUGUACGCCAAGUUCUCAAAAUGCGAGUUUUGGUUGCAUGA